GGCUAACGGGGCUCGUCGCCGCGGCGGGGGGAGAAGGGGGUGUCAGUGCGGUGCCCGGGGACAGUUUGUUCCAGGUGGGCAGCCGCAGCCAUGAUGCACAUGAGCUUCUUCCAGAUGCUGAGGGCCAAGAAAGAACUCAUCCCCCUCGUCGGAGUCGUGACUUUUGCAGCGGUCGGGGCUGUCUCUGUUUCCAUCUAUUCCCUCUUCAAGACCGAUGUGAUCAUUAAUAAGACUGGCAAUCCAGAACCUUGGGAAGCUAUAGACCCUACUCAGCCUCAGAAGCUAUUAACAAUCCAGCAAAAAUGGAAGCCUAUAGAAGAGCUGGAAAAGGUCAAAAAGCUUACAAAGUGACAAGUUUCAGUUGCCUCAAAAAAGGUACUCUAUGAAUCUAGUGGAAUCA